CAAUUCUCCACCCCACUUAAUCUCCGACAUCUCACUCUGAGUCUCCCUCGAAACGAACGCAGAGCAAUGGAGGUGACACCCCAGCAGCUGAGCCAAUACAACGGCACGGACCCAUCAAAGCCCAUAUACGUGGCCGUGAAGGGCCGCAUCUUCGACGUCACGAACGGCAAGUCGUUCUACGGCCCCGGCGGUCCCUACGCGUUGUUCGCUGGCAAGGACGCCAGCAGAGCUCUCGCCAAGAUGAGCAAGAACGACGAGGACGUGUCCCCCACUCUCGACGGCCUCUCGGAGAAGGAGAUCGAGGUCCUCAACGACUGGGAGAAGAAGUUCGAAGCUAAGUACCCUGUUGUUGGUCGCGUCGCUUCUUAAUCUCUAUAUCUUUCUAUGCUAAUUAUAUCAGUGUCUAUCUAUCUAUGUAUUUGAUGUGUUGUUCUGCUAUUCUGGGACGACUGUGCUUCUGGGUGUUUUUUAUUGUUGGAAUUUGGCGACUUUGCUGGUACUUUGAUGAUUUCAGUCUUAUGGGUGUUGUGCUAGAGGGUUUGUAUGUGAUUGGCUUGGGAAAAAUAAUAAAUUUGGGUUGUGUGAAAUUUGGGUA